GCUCUGAAAAAAGGUAAGUGAAGUUAUAUUACCUUGCAAGUAAAGUACUUUCUUAAGGGUAGUGUUUGCUAGGGGAGAUCUUAAGGUACUUCAUAUAAUAGCAGUGUCUGGGAGAGAGCUCACUGUGCUGUAGCAGGUAAACCACUCCAUUUCCCCAGCUUUCUUUUUGUAACAAAGUCAUGUAAAUGUCAGCACACCACAAAGGAUGUGGAUGGGGUAUUAUGUAUUCAGAGCAUUUCCUUGCUACAUCACAAAUAUUUUACAGAUGGAGUAGUACAUGUGUUUGUAAUAGACAGCAGAACAACAGGUUCUUAACUGUAAAGAAACCAAAUACUGUAUUUUUAAAGAAUCAUGAAAUAGUUCCUGAAGUAUUUUGUGCUCAUUUGGUGACAUUUUAAUAAUUCAGAAUUGCUGCCACUUAAUAAUGUGUUACACAAAUAGGUGACUGAGGUUUCAGGAAGAAAUGAGGAAGAAUCUAUUAGUGGCAUUUAUGAGCAAUGGCUGUUAUUAUGGUUCUUUUUUUUCCUGAAAAAUAUUUUCCCAGCCUUAUGCCAGUGAUAGUAGAGAUGGUAGUUUAUAGUUAACUCCAGCUGAUUUGAGCAGUAUUUUAUAAAACCAUAUGUUACAUUAAGGUGAUGCAGUCAGUGAUGGUCUAGACAAACAGGUUGUGUUAGGAGUUACUCCUCUUUGUUUACUCUUACUCAUAUGUGGUUGCUCUACAGUGACUGUACAGGGAACCUUUAUUUUUUGGCAGGUGUUAAAGGCUCGCUUGAGGGGAAGAAAACACUUGGCAGUGUUUGCCCCAUUAGUGGCUUUCCAGUCUUCAGUCCUGCCUUGACAGAAGAAACUCACCUUAAAGUCCCUGCAGCCCUGCUCCCACUCAGGCUUUCUAAGCUGUGCACUGCCCUGGGGGUCUUUGCAAGCCUUUGGAUCAUGGCAGUAUGGGAAUUUGCUGCAGUGAUCGUUUCUGGGAGGGAGGAACCAGGGAAUUCAGACAGUUGGAGUGGGCUGCAAGCUCCAGUGUUUGGUUUGGUGUUUGUUCUGCUUUUCUUAUUCAGUUGGCUAAGGAAGGCAAAUACAGAAAUUUUGUCAGUGUGUGGUAUGUAUGUGCUUGAGAGUCUGGACAUCCCCAGAGUGGGGCUGUAAUUUGUAGAUGAGGUACCUUGCCUGAUACAGGUGAUUCCUGAAGCCGUGGGGUUUGUUGGUUUUACUGCUGAGUAUAUUAAACUGCAGUGGGAGUUUGAGUAGGCAGCAACAAGAGAAGUUAUUUACAAAGAGAAAAACUGGCUGGCCUCCCAGCAGGAAUUUUUUCCCCUUUUCUAUAUUACAUUCAUGGAGUAGUUCUUUGUCAUGUGUUUCUGUUGUUUGUUUGGUUCUGUUGCCUAUAGCAAAAAGAUUGUGUUUUAAAAUAGUUGCCAGGUCCCCCUUCCCUCAGGUUUUCAUCACACCUUUUCUGGGCAUUUUGGGGAGCUUUGGGGAAGGGAAAGCAAUAGAGAGCUCUUUGCCUUUUUUCUUGCCUGCCUCCUAAUAUAAACUGUUGCUAAAAGGAGGCUACAGGAUAAACAAUUCCCACACCAGUGCUUUUACUGAAACUUUGGGAAAUAAAUUGUGAUUGGUUGUAUUAAUAUGGAUGCACCUGUGGGUGAAAUGGGUUCUACUUGUAUUUUCAAAGAACAGACUACAUUGUAAUUUACAAGUUGAUUUGUGUUUUCUUUUUGAAGCCAGUGAAGAGUUACUUGUAGUAAAUAAAAGUUCAAAGUGUGGCAUAACUGUUCUCUUUGCCACUAAGGCAUGGUUGGCAAAUGCAGGUCCUUCUGAGAGAGCCUUUCAGUUAUGGACUUGCAAUGGCACAGUGACAUCUUGAGGCUGUCCCUCCUGCUCCUGUAAGCCUGUCCUGUCCCUCGUGGUUGUGUUGCUCACCAAAUCUCCCAGCUGAGACCAAGCAGUGAGCAGUAGCACACUUCCAUAUCCAAAACUGCAGGGGCUCUUCCUGCUGUGUGCUCUGAGUUAUCUUCAGACUUUCAUCAAAGCUACUGUUAAGCUGUCUGGGAACAAUACAUGAGCGUGUUCUUUAACCAGAAGUCAGGAUGUUUACAGAUUUUAAUGUGUCCUUUUCAGUUGCCUUUGGAAAGCUUUAAUGUAGUCCCUUAUUUUUCCCACUUGGAGAUGGGUUUCUAUUUCACUUUACAUUUUGUCUGCUACCUCAUUUACUACCCAAAAUUGAUUUAACAGCGACAAAGAAAAAAGUAGUGAUUUACCAGAAUUUCCGUAGUUUGUUUGAAUUUUUGUGAUUUGUUUUCUGAACUUACCAUGGUUUUGAAUGUGAUCUGUUUCAACUGCCUCAAGUUGUUCUGUCCAGCUCGUGCUGUGCUGGUUGGUGUUUUCACCUCAUCAAGAGGUGUGUGUGGAGCUCAGGAGCCCUGGAAAGCCUGUACUUGGGAAUGCAUGGAAUUGUAUGACACUGUUAUUGUCAUCCCCUCCCUCUUUCUUAUUUAAUGCUCCUGUUCUUGGUUGGGAUAGUGUCUCCUGGAAUCUUUACAGCCUGUUUUUACACCUGUGUUACUUUGCUCAAACUGUUUCUUCUAAGGGCUUCAAGAAGAGCUUCCUGUACCACUGGUUGAGGUCACAGCUUUUUCUGACCUUCAUUUAAACAUAAACUUGGUUCUUUUCUGGAAUUAGCCUUUGCCUGGAUGUUCUUUUUUUGUAUUCCUACCACAUUUUACUUUUUUUAAAAACGAGUGUGCUUUCUGUCAUUUGAAAAAAAAAAUUGGAACUAACCAUAAAACCUGCACAGUGCAAGACUUGUUCAAGAAAUUAUAAUGGAGAAAAUUUUUCUUACCUGAAGAAAGAAUAUUGUCAUGUAGGUACUAAAAUGUUAGGAAAUUUUUUAGUUCUCUUUGGAUUUGAAAUACUGUGCUAAAUGAAUAUUUCCUUGAAAAGUUGCAUUAUAGCAAUUCAUAAAGAACUCUCUCUGAGAAGUUUUUUUGUUCAUUUAGUUUUAAACUGAAGUUUGAUAAUGUGUCACAGUCAUCUUUUCAGUGUGUGAAUGGAGGCCUUAAUUCUAAUCUAGAAAGUAAAGUACAGAUAAACCUCUUAGUACACAGUUAGCUGCUGUCUUUGGGCUUGUUUCUAAGGCAAAUUAUGAGAUGAGCGUCUUGCUUUUAUGGAAAUUCUUUUCCUGGGUAACGCUUUGUUGGCACAGGAACUUCCCCUCUCUUACCCUUUGAGAGAUUCUUUUCAGAGUUGUUCCUCAAAAAAGCAAAAGCCAGUAAAGAGUAAAUACAUAGAAACCAGGAAGGAUCAUGACUUCAAAGCUGAGCAGCUGACGAGAGUUUCUUCUGACGGGUCCAGAUCGACUGGUUAUUCUGAGGUGAUAGUUGUUGUUGGAGGCUGUGAACGAGUUGGAGGCUUUAAUUUGCCAUACACAGAGUGCUAUGACCCUGUGACAGGAGAGUGGAAGUCACUGGCUAAACUUCCAGAAUUUACCAAGUCUGAGUAUGCGGUGUGUGCUCUGCGGAAUGAUAUUCUUGUUUCAGGUGGAAGAAUCAAUAGCCGGGAUGUCUGGAUCUAUAACUCUCAACUUAACAUUUGGAUCAGAGUUGCCUCUUUAAAUAAAGGCAGAUGGAGACAUAAAAUGGCUGUUCUUCUGGGUAAAGUGUACGUGGUGGGAGGAUACGACGGGCAGAACCGGCUGAGCAGUGUGGAGUGCUACGACUCCUUCUCCAACCGCUGGACCGAGGUGGCGCCCCUGAAGGAGGCUGUGAGCUCCCCAGCUGUCACCAGCUGCGUGGGCAAGCUCUUCGUCAUCGGGGGUGGCCCUGAUGACAACACCUGUUCUGACAAGGUGCAGUCGUACGAUCCUGAUACUAACUCCUGGUUGCUCCGUGCCACCAUCCCCAUUGCCAAGAGGUGCAUCACGGCCGUGUCCCUCAACAACCUGAUCUACGUUGCUGGUGGGCUCACCAAAGCUAUUUACUGCUAUGACCCCAUUGAGGACUACUGGAUGCAUGUACAGAACACAUUCAGCAGACAGGAGAACUGUGGCAUGUCUGUGUGUAAUGGGAAAAUCUAUAUCCUUGGUGGAAGACGGGAGAACGGUGAAGCCACAGACACUAUUCUUUGUUAUGACCCUGCAACGGGCAUUAUCACAGGAGUGGCAGCCAUGCCCAGGCCAGUAUCGUAUCAUGGCUGUGUGACCAUUCAUAGAUAUAAUGAAAAAGGCUUUAAACUGUAAUUUAUUUUUUUCUUGAAAAAAGAAGAAGAAUGAAUCCAGUGGUCUGCUGCAAAACAGGCUUUUUAAAGAUUCCUGAAGUGGGAAUUCCCUGCCUAAGUGUCGUAUGAAAAUUAUAUCCUGUGCCUUUAGAAAAAGGGUUAAUUUAACUUACCAAACAAGUCUACAAUGCUAUCCAGUAACCAGAGUUCAGUUAUAUCUGCUGUGGGCUCUGAUACGGGAGCAGGAUGUUGCACAGGCAUCAGAAAGUUUGCCCUGUGUGUGAUUAGUAAUUAAAAAUCUUAAAAGUUUUUUGGGGAAAGUGCCUUCAGCAUUUGUGCCUGUGUCUUUAAAAGCAAUAUCUUCAAGGUGUUUCUGGUUCUGCUAAUAGGAAAAAUGCAUAGGCAAAUAAAUCCCAAAGAAUCAUCUAGGAUAAUUAUCUGUAAUUUAUAAAGCUCAAAUAAAAUCCAUAUGCAUCAUUCCUACAAGCAGAUGAACCAAGUAGAAUUUUUUGUUAGAUCAUGCAUGGGUUGGAAUGUAAAAAAAAAAAAAAAAAAAAGCCCACAAAAACACCAAACCAUCUGCAAAACAAGCUACAUUGGACAAAACAAGAAUCUUUGAGGAAUGCUGUAUUCUGAAGGAGAAACUGGUUGGUUGGUGAGCCACUACAACACACUGCAGUGAUGACUCUAUACCUUAACCUGUGGAACUUACUCAGUGUUGAUAAAUGUCCAGCAAAGAAGUACAAGGCUACAUGACAUGGAAAAACAGUGGGUUCAGUUAUGCAUCUGUGAGGUAAAGUUUGAAUCCCAAUUUUUACCUUUUUGAAUAGUAUGGGUGAAAGCUGAAAGUUAAUGGGUUCACUCUCUGCUCACUGCAAUUGCUAAACUAUAUAAGAAAUAAAAGGAUCUUGAAUUCUGGAUUCUCCCAUUGAAUUCUGGAUUCUCCCAAUUUUCUGAAUCAUAUUAUAAAUUGCCUGGUGAUAAAGGUGUUUGUGUCCUACAGCUUGUAAGUUGGUCUUUUGGAUAUCUCAUCUGCAAAGAUGGCACAGUAUCCAGUAAGUAUUUCUUAGCCUUUUUUAAGACAAUCACUUACUGUAGCACAGUUAAACUACUGUAUAAGCUGCUUGGUCACAGAUAAACAAGUUCUGGAAAGGUCCCUCCUUUCACCAGAAAAAUAUCUGUGGACCUGUCCAUGUAGCCAUAUGACAUGUUUUGGAUAAUACGGAAGCCUAGGAAGCAUCUGUAUUUUGAUACACCACCAUUAUUGGGUUAGGGUUUUUUUCAGUAAAGGUUUUUUUUUAAGUCCUCCCUAGAUUUCUGUACUAGGACUCCUUAUUUCCAGUACACAGUUGUACAGUUGAGGUACAAAGUUCAUAAAAACUGAAAUAGCACUUGGGAGUUGGAAAAUUAAUGUGAUUGUUGGUGUACCAACUUCCUGUAUAUCACCAAAAACCUCAGAACUGCCUUUCAAAGGAAUUCUGAGGACAGCAGCCAGUAGGGAAGUUGGUCAGUACCAGGGCAGAAAAAACCCCAUAAAACCCCUGCAGAGCCAAGCCCUGGCCUCAGGGUUCUGGUCUAUGUGCUUGCUCAGGAGAGUGAAAACAAGCACCAUCUCUGGAACGUUGUUUGUUCCACUGGACUUUCCUCAUCUGUUUUCCCAGAGUAUUUCUUCAUGAGAUGGAAAUUCUGACCCUCAGUGAAGUUAUGCCAAACUGGGAGUCACCAUUUUCAGUAACAUGGUCAUGAGUUUUAAAGAGCACUGGGAGCUGCACUUUGAGAUGCAUUAACUUGUAACCUCAGGAAAGGACACAAAUUUCAGUUUCUGGCUGAAUACCAAACACUGCUUUGGAUACAGUAAGAAUACUGAUAAAAUAUAAAUCAUUGCAUAUCAGUGAUGUAAUCAGGAUGUCAGUCUCUGAGCAUGUACAUUCACAUUGCCCUAAAAAGAAAAUCCCUUGGUAAUGUAAGACAAGUGAAUCAGGUAAAUUAAUCCUUUUCUAAGUUUCAUGUUUCUGCUCACCAAGUUUUACUUUGAAAUGGCAGUUUUAGUACCUGUGAAUAAGGUUUGUUGAUUGCAAUGGUAAUUGCCCUGUAACUGAUUUUAUGUACUAACAAUGUAUAUAGCUUGUGCCAUCAUUGUAAAUGGAAAUGUCAAAGACUAUAGGAGCACUUCAUUAGAGAUGCAAUUUGAAAAAUAUCCUCCUUUCCUUUGAUUUCCUCUUGUUUGUAUUCAGACUUGUAAUGUUGUCAUGCUGUACUGUUUUUAAACAGUGCUUAUUCUGUAGGUGUAGAAUAGUGUCAUUUAAUCUGUGUUUAUAAUACUGCACUACUCUGUAAAUAACAAGAUACUGCUUUCCAUGGUUUUGAAGAUUAAUUUUAUAGUAUAGUUGUCUUUUCUUAACAAUUUAUGUACUGUUACCUAUUUUUGGAAAUGACAGUGUUUAAUGAACCAGUAAAUGCAGAAAUGUAGAUGCAGAAAACCUCUGCUUACAGUUCUUGAGAACCCGUAUCAAAGCUGAACAGUUACAGGUAUGGAGCACUGCUAAAUGGCAGUUAUUUAUGCAAUGAUUUCUUUAAAACAGGCAGUGAGUUUUUCUUCUUGUUGCUUGUUUAAUCUGUAAAUAAUCUGCACUUAUGGCCUGCUCUGUUACAACAGUUACUUUUAGAUGUCCUAGAAAAGAACAAUUUGACCUUGAUUAAUGAAAAUCUACCAUUUUUCUAGAAGGAUGCAUUAAUUUGGAACUUGUAUUCCUGAGCCACUUGUUCUCCAAUGCAUUUCACUUAGGUAUAGAUGGAUUCAAAGAUUUAACCUCUCACUCUUACGCAUAUCUAGAUGCUUGCAGUUUAUGGGCUUGAGCUGCACAUUGGUUUUAGUUUUUUUCUUUGUCUCAGCUAGGAGAGAAAAUUAUUAAUGUCAUCUACUAUAAUCAAAAUAUUUCCAUCAUAAAUGGUAGUAGGUUUGGUAGCUCUAGAGCACUUGCACAAAGAUGUAUCUUCAGUCCAACCAUACCUAUGAGGGCUCAAGCAUCUCCAAGUCAGACCUAAAAAAUAAAUUCUAAGCAUUGUCUUUAUUCUGCUAAACAGAAGUGAGUAAAUAUUUUUCUUCUCUAAUUUGAUGUUCACUUCUGUUCUUAGCAGUGUGAUGUUAAUUGAAAAGACAGUUGAUGCCUUCUUGCAGCCAGGCUUCUGGAAGGUUCUGAAUCCCCGAUCACAUGCAGCCUCUAGCCCUUGGCUUGUGGCUGAAGCAUUCUCCUUUUACAGCCACAGAACCUUGCCUGGUGAUCAUGUAGUUGUACCUGUAGACUCCCUCCUUGGGAGUGGUUAAGUGGGCAUAAUUUGUGUAAUCUCUUCCAUUUUAUACUGUAUGUCUGGUAUGCAUUUAGGGGAUUGGCACUGUGCUCUCCCCUCCAGCACCAAGGGGUCCAGAUUGUACUGUUUUUUUUCUUUUGAUUGACACCAAUGCAGUUCUCAUCAAAGAUAGCUUUGUUUGUACUCUGUUGCAGCAGAGAUUUUAAUGCAGAUUAUGUUGAUAUGGACCCUAAUUUACUGAAGCUUUUUAAAUAGUAUUUUUAACAUGGCAAAGUUUUGAGAGAGGCUGGUGAUGGAAGAAGAGGAAAUGCUCACUUGGACAGAGAUUCAGAGGAAGCUUUGGUCACCUGUGCUUGAGAGUAAGGAUGCUACUGCCUGUUCAGUUUCUUCCUCAAAGUAGUUGGGUUCACUUCAUUAUCUUAGGUAAACACUUAGAACAAUAAGCAGGCCUGCUCACUGCCUGUGAGUUGAUGUUUCCCCCUGCCUGAGGCACAGGGGAGGUGCUGGUCAGCAGAGCCCCAGCUGAGUGCAGCUCCAGAGAGCAGAGACAGGAGAAACACAUUGGAGCAUCCAGGCUCAGAGGUGGCAGGGGCAGACCUCGUGUGUUUGGGGUUGUGAUUUGGCUGGGCUUGCUGAAACCAAGGUGUUCAGGAUGCUCAUAAGUUUGCAAUUCCAGAUGCUGAAACUCAGGUGAUAAAAAGCUUUCACAUUUGUUAACUCACUGAAGUCAGCUGGAGCAAUAAAAAUGCAGAUAUGCUCAUGGUCUGCUAGUGGCAAUGCUCAGGAAAGCCAGGGGUUCAUUUUUCUGAAUUGCCCAAAUAGGCAAGUAGCUGUGGGGUUCUUUUUUACAACUGAAGAUGGCACAACCCAAUUCAAGAGCAUUAAGAAUCUCACAAGACUUGAUCACUGUGAGGCACAAUGAAUAUUUUCAUCUGAAUGUAGUCUCAUGUAUACAAGAAAUUACUAAUGAAAUUAUUUGUUGUGCCUGGUUAGAAAAUUGAACACCGUGUACUCAGAAAAGGAGCCUAGAGGGUAAUACGAAAUUUCUAAGCAAAAACCUGCUAUCUGGUUGGGGGCCAAGCAGUGCUUUGGGUUUUGUAAAAUAUGUUUAGCACACAAGUAUCCUCAGUAUGGAAUUAUUUCAAAUGGCAUUAAUUAAAAUGGAUCACAACUGUGUCAGUGCUGUGAGCAUUGCCACAAAGCAGCAGCCUCCCACCAAGCCCAGACUAGCUGUGACUCUGUUCUCUGCUUUUGUGUCACACACAAGUUCAUGAUAACACUGCUCUCUAAGAACUGUAAGCUAUUUGCAGGAAUAUUUCUUUUUUUCUACUGUAGAGAUCCAGUCUAUGCUGAUAUUUUAUGUAUGCACAUCUGUAUGUGAAUUAUUUUGUGGUCAUUCUCUGAUAGUGCUGUUACAAGUGAUGCACAUAAAGGCCCUGUGUACAACUUGUUAAUAGUGUAAUUAGGGCUUAGUUUGUAUGAUUAGCUCCAAAGAAAAAAACGUGCAUUAAUUCUGAAAAUACCUGUGCCUUGAAUUCACCUAUAUUUUUAUCUAUUGUGAAAAAGAGCUUGGCUUACUCCUUCCAGUUUGUUACCUUUAUUAUGAUUGGUCUUACUGGCCAGACUGUUAAUGUCCUCCUAGGAGAAAUAAAUCUUGCCAUUCAUUAAUCUGAACAGUUAAACUUCUUGUUUAGAACAUGCCUAGAAUGCUUCCAUUAUUACAGUACUAUGGCAGAUUUAAUCUAGGGAAAUCAGUAUUUGUAUUUUUUCUAUUUUUUUGUUUCCAGCAUGCCUCAGUGACAAAGGACUGAGUUUAGUCUUUGACUUCCUGUCCUUAAUAUGUAGUUUCUUGUAUUAGUCAGUAGCCUCUGCGAUAUUUCUGAACUCUCUGAAGUCAUCAACCUCUUGUUCAAGAUACAAAAUAUGAAGCAAUAAUGUGGUGCAGCAUGGCAAUAAGCAAAUCAAGAGACUUGAAUGUAAUGUACUGUUACUAAUUUCAUCUGUGUAAAUGCUGGACCUAUGAGUCAUUCUCCUUUUGGUGCACCUGUAGCCUUUGGAGUUGGAUUAAUAGGAACUACUUGGCCAUGGAAAGAGAGUUUACCUCCUGAACUGUUACUCAUAUGAUAUUUUCGCCUGAAAUCAUAUUUUGAUUUUCCUUUAUUUGCUAAGGAAAAGAGCAGUUCUUGUUAUUCCUUGCCAGUUCCUUUAUUUACUGAAAUACAGAAGCUGUAGUUCCACGGAGCGCUGAUCUUGCCCUCAAGAACAGCCUGGUGCAGCACAAAUGACAUUUGAACAGGAAAGCUCAGACCACUUACUGUGUGCCAGAGUCAAUGUAAUGGAUCUCACAAAUAACAUUAAGGUCUUCAGAUUGUGCUGACAGUAGAAAGGUGAUUUUGUAAUGUAGCACAAUUGCAAUAACACCUGUUAUAUUUAAAUAUUACUUCUUGCAUAAUUCUUUGAAAGUUUUUUAAAGUUCCGUGUAUCUAAUAAACAUUUGCCUUUUGAAUAGUU